GUCGAAAAGACGCGCGUUAUGGCGGCUUUGAAGUAAACAAAGCACUAUGAAAGUGUGAUCUGUACACCUGCAUUGUAACUCAAACAAGUACUGUCAUCUCCCUGACAUGGACUGUGUUGUGACAGGGGGCAACGUGAAAGUGCUGGCCAAGGCCAUCCACUCUCUGUCCAGGAUAGGUGAUGAGUUGUACCUGGAGCCACAGGAGGAUGGGCUGGCUCUGCGUUCAGUGAACUCAUCCCGCUCAGCCUACGCGUGCUUCCUUUUCUCCCCACUCUUCUUCAGCAGGUACACCAUUCCCUUAGGACAUGCUUUUCGCUGCAAGAUGGCUAUCAAGUGUGUACAGGCUGUGUUCAGGUCCCUGUCGUCUCUGGAGAAGACAGUAGAGAAGUGUCACAUUGAACUGGAUGGAGAGACGAGUCGUCUCACCUUCACCCUGCACUGCAAACAUGGGCUGCUGAAGACACACAACCUGUCAUUCCAGGACAGUGAGAGUCUGCAGGCCGUGUUUGAUAAAGAGAGCUGUGCCAACAUGCUUCGCGCCCAGCCCAGGUUGCUGGUUGACACGGUGCUGCACUUCCCUCCCUCUCUGGAAGAGGUGAGUGUGUCAGUGAGUGGAGAACGAGUGUGGUUCAGGAACCAUGUAGAUGACGAGGCAGAGCAAUCCAAAGCCAUGCUGACUGAACUGUGUUUGAGUUCUGAUGAGUUUGACCACUUUGCUGUCGGAGCUCAGACCAGCAUCACAUUCUGCCUAAAGGAGCUGAGGGGCUUGCUGGUGUUUGCAGAAUCCACAGGUCUCCCAGUCUCAAUGUAUUUUGAUGAGCCAGGCAGUCCUGUGGUGUUAAGUGUAACAGACAGUGUUCUGGAGGUGAACUUCGUGCUUGCCACUCUGUCUGAUGACUCCAACCUCUGUAACCAUAACAAUAACACAAAACGAGCUCGUUCGCCGCCACCUCCUGACGACUUUAUGACUGACGACAUUGACUCUUAUCUCAUCGCCAUGGAGACCAGUGAAUUAGCGGGUCCCUCCGAUGCCCUUGCGCCCCGGUCCCCCUCGUCCAAUCACACGCUUACAACUCAGCCAUCUGCAGCCAUGCGCAGUCUAGAGAGAGGAGAGGAGGAGGAGGAAGAUACCGAGGACACUGAAAGACCUCCAAAUAAAAAGUUCCGCUCGCUCUUUUUCGGGUCAGUCUGUCCCUCUGAUUCUCAACUGACCAAUCAGACGAUCAAGAGCCAGGAAGUGCUGGCCAGUGACAGCGAGGACGACACCCAAGCAUCAUUGCCGUGACCUGGGGUGGUGGAGUUGAAGCCACGUGUGUUUGUGUGUGUAUGUGUUUGGGAGAAACCCACUUAUAGAAUCCCUUGGAAUAAUUUUUUCGAAUAUGGAUUUGAAAAAAUCCAGACCUUUCUAGUUCUAAUGACCGUUGCAGCUUUGAGAGGAAAGUCUGCGCUCAGUAGGUCCUCUGAGGGACAGUGAUGGGACAUUCAGACUUUUUAUUGGACCAUGGUAUCACACUGGGGACUCUGGAAUUAUGAGGAAAUGGACAACAAGUACUUCCUGUUUAUGAUGGCAUGUCAAUGAUCAAUGUACACAAGCUCUAGAAUUAAAAAAAAAAACAUUUUUUAUUUUCAAGUCUA